GGGGGGAGGGGAAAGGUAGGGUUGAAUUAAGCAGUCGGCUUUAUAUCAAAAGCGAGAAGAGGGGGACCUCAUGGAGUGGUUUUUACACACUCAAGUUGCGAAAUAUAUUCCAACUCUUAUUGCUAAAAUAAGACGGCAUAAAAUUAAGACAGCAAUAAGGCGAAAUGGGAUUACCCUAAUUUGUGUAAUUUAUUGGAAAGGUUAAUGGAUUUUAUCACGAUUUGAUCUUAUGAUAAGUCUUAUUUCUAACUUUAAGUUUAUUUUAGACUUUGAAGAUCUUAAUCUUAAUAUAAAAAUGCCCAGAACUAGUCACCGAAUAAACCGCUAACUAAGCUCGUCCCAAUCUUGUCUUGUUUUUACAUAAAACGUGUAAAUUAACUUGCUAAUUUCACACACUUUGCUUAGAUUAACACCUAAGAUUAUUUAUAGCUUUGUUUGGUCAUCCCAAUCGGAUAAUAAAUAUCUGCUUAACGACUUCCUCUUCCAAUUGACCAACUUGAUCAGUGAACCAAUGAGCCCUCUUCUACCCUUCUCUGUGGUCAUAAAUGUAUGUCAAUUAUUGUUAAAAUACCUCAUAAAAGCUGCCCAAUAUUUUGCCUGGUUAAGUCCGAGGCCUGUGAUGCGGUUUCAGUUGUUGUUUUUUAUAUUUUUUUUAUUUUUCAUUCCUGGUCCCGGGAAGGAAGCAGCCGUGACAGAUGUUAAACCGCAACGGACAGGAACCAGGAUCCUGGUUCUAAAAGUAGGACCUCAUUGCCAGCUUGUCGAGUGCUCUUCGGCUUAACCCUUCCGGUGCGGAAAUACAGAACUCAAGCUUCUCGAAGGGAGGGUGACAAAGAGCAUAUAUAAUACGACCUCGAUUCGAAAGUGAUCGGCUAGCAGCUAGCUUUCCCAGUGACCUAAUCAAUCGAACGAACGAAGAAUGUCUUCCGAAUAUCAAACCACAUACAAAUUGAGAACAACGGCGCUGAAGAAGCGGAAAAAAGAAAGGCCACCGAAAAACAAGUUAGAAAUCUUUUUUGUUUUCCUCGUCUUUGGUUUUUGUUUUUCAGUUGCAGCGACGUUGACGACGACGCAUCAUUAAAAUAUUUUCCACUCUUUGGCUGGCUGUUUGGUGUUAAAUCAAAAACCACUUGAACGAAAUAAAAUCUUUCUCACAGUCAGCGGUCGCACAAUGGUAUAUGGCAUAAAGGGUGGUGGUAAUGGGGGGGGGAACCAACCGAGGAACAGCAAACAAAUUAUGAGAACGUUUCGGGAUCAAGACGAGAAGAAUGUUUUCUUUUUCUCGUCUCUUUGGUGGGUUCAGAUGAGUUCUUUUGGGCUUCUUUUGUCCAACCGACGAUGUCGUUGUUGUUAAAUUGAUGACAACAACAUCAGAAAUGCUGAAGCGUGCGCUUCAGAAAAUGUAUCUGCAUAGUUGCUGGAGAGAUACAAAAGCCGAACCCCCGAGAUACAUUUCGUUGUUGGGCUGGCUGCUGACCGUUUUGCGUAUCCGUGACGAUUUCUCGUUUACCUGUGCGACACAGACCCAAAAACCAGACAAUAAAUCAAUAAUCAAGCCGCCAAAAGACAGAGACAGAUAGAGAGAGAGGGAAAGAGAGAGCAGUCAGAUGGAUGGAUAGAUGGAUGGAUGGACGGAUUGGUUUAGAAUCGGAAUCGAAAAGCGACCAUACCGCGCGCGGGGUCUUAUCAUCAUUAUUCAAAGCGAGAGCCACCAACGCCGCCACCGCUGCCGCCACCGCCGUCGCCGACACAUAGAAAUGGGUAUAGGAAAAAAUAAUAAUAAUAACGAGAACAACAAACAGAGACCGAGGGAAAACAAAACAGAACCAAAAAUCGAACAAAACGAGUUCCAGCCUAGAGUUUGGUUUCUAAAAAGCCAUAAAACGACGACGAGUUUUGAUUUGAUUUUCGAGAUCCAAUCGACUGGCAUAGAACACAUGUACGGACGGACCAUCCAAAUAUGCGUGGAUGCUGUGGGAGAGAGUCGGACACAAAACCUCGACGGCGGCAACAACUCGUCAUCAGGUUCGGAGUAUCGGGCUCCACAGGGAGAACAAUAUUUCUGAGUCAAUAAGUUUAAAAAUUAUUCAAUUAUUUUAAGAACCAAUUCGAUUUUAUACUCCUUCUUUAUAAAAUACAUUUAAGUUGGGAAUCAUUCAUGGUUAAAUCUGCUUUUAGAACCUAUUUCUCGCAGUGUAGAAAGAAGAAAGAACAGUGAGACAGAGUCCAGUGGCAGCCCACGCCCGCGUUAUGAUUUUGUGGCCAUUUUAUAACUAACAACAUUCCA